AUGUCGCUUCGUCUGUAUAUGCCGCUUGGUAAACUUCCGAGCCAACCCCAACAAAAUCCAAAGAGUGUAUUUCAAACAGGCUCUUCAUCCUGCAAGGAAACUUCUCCAGAUCAAGUCCAUGCCAUUACCACCCUCCGAAGUGGUAAAGUCAUCGAGAACAACGUGGGCGAACCUAAUGAAUCUGAUGGACGUCCUUUCUUGGCUACGUCCAACGCAAUCAUUAAUUGUCGUAAUGGAGUGUUGAAACUGUCUUUUGGCAACAUGACGGUAGAAUUGAAUGUGUUCAAUAUUAGUCAACAACCUGUGAAUCUUGAUGAUGAUGAUGUGCAUGAAGUUAAUAUGAUUGAAGGAUUAAUACAAGAUUCGUUGACUAACAUUCUAGGUAGGAUGCCCUCACGUUGGUCGAGACAAGACCGCUCUAAAUUCCUGGCUGAAGUUAAACAUUUCCUUUGGGAUGACCCAUAUUUGUUUAAGUACUGCCCAGACCAAAUCAUUAGGAAAUGUGUCCCCAACACCGAACAUAAAGAUGUGAUAUCUUUCUGUCAUGACCAAGCAUGUGGAGGGCAUUUUAGUGCCAAGAAAACCGCUGCGAAGAUCUUGCAGUGUGGGUUUUACUGGCCAUCGCUGUUUAGAGACUGUUAUGAGUAUUGUAUUGCUUGUGAGCGCUGUCAGAAAUUAGGAAGUAUCUCGAGGAGAAACAUGAUGCCAUUGAAUCCUAUUCUGAUUGUUGAGAUUUUUGAUGUUUGGGGGAUCGACUUCAUGGGUCCAUUUCCCAUGUCUGACAGCAAGUUGUACAUCUUAGUCGCCGUUGACUACGUCUCCAAGUGGGUAGAAGCCAUCACAACCAGAACAAAUGACCACAAGGUGGUACUUUCCUUUUUAAAGGAAAACAUAUUUUCACGUUUUGGUACCCCGAGAGCUAUCAUCAGUGACGGUGGUUCACAUUUCUGCAAUAGGCACUUCGAGUUUUUAGUACGCAAGUAUGGAAUAACUCACAAGGUUGCUACUCCGUACUUCUGUGACCACUUCUAUGACUUGGGCAUAAAGGAGGAGAUAACUAAGGUAACUGCAGCAAGGACCAUGAAUGAAAUCAAACCAACCAGCUCGGUGCGCAUUAUUACUGCAGAAGCUGAUCUAUAUUUAGCUGAAAUUGAUGAAAAGAUUAUUACCAAGAUUGGCCCAAAGCUGAACUUGGGUACCCUUGUCCCACUAAACUUCAAGGUUGUUGCCGAUGGUAAAGACUAUGCCGUGUUUGAGAAAGCACAGUAA